CGGCUCUGAGACCCGAUUUGAAAUAAGAGCCAGGCGGUCCUGGCUUCCCGGCGCCCGACUUUUCAUAGGCUGGGGAGGAAAAGCUGGAGAAACUUGACAUUGUCUUGGGCAGAGUGCGUGUAGCAACAGAUCAAAGGAAAAGAGGAAGAAAACGUGCUCUUUGCUGCCUGUGGAUCUCGCUGAGCUGCUUUUGUGUUGCGGGCUUCUGCUGGCCUGGUGUUUCCCUCUGAAGACCGCGGCGUGGGCUUCGCGGCGGCCCACUGCCUGCCGGAUGGGUCAUGGGAUUCUAAACAUGAGGCAGAUAGCUGAUCAGCUUCCUUGGAUUUUGCUGAUGACCCAGGAGAGCUUUGCCUGAAGAUGGAAACACUGGAGUCGGAGCUGACCUGCCCUAUCUGUCUGGAGCUCUUUGAGGACCCUCUCCUGCUACCCUGUGCACACAGCCUCUGCUUCAACUGCGCCCACCGCAUCCUGGUGUCACACUGCACCACCAACGAGUCCGUGGAGUCCAUCACCGCCUUCCAGUGCCCCACCUGCCGACAUGUCAUCACGCUCAGCCAGCGAGGUCUAGACGGGCUCAAGCGCAACGUCACCCUGCAGAACAUCAUCGACAGGUUCCAGAAAGCAUCAGUGAGCGGGCCCAAUUCCCCCAGCGAGACCCGCCGGGAGCGGGCAUUCGACGCCAGCACCAUGACCUCUGCCGAGAAAGUCCUCUGCCAGUUCUGUGACCAGGAUCCUGCCCAGGACGCUGUGAAGACCUGUGUCACUUGCGAAGUGUCCUACUGUGACGAGUGCCUGAAAGCCACUCACCCGAACAAGAAGCCUUUUACAGGCCAUCGUCUGAUUGAGCCAAUUCCGGACUCGCACAUCCGGGGGCUGAUGUGCCUGGAGCAUGAGGAUGAGAAGGUGAAUAUGUACUGUGUGACCGAUGACCAGUUAAUCUGUGCCUUGUGUAAACUGGUUGGGCGGCACCGAGAUCAUCAGGUGGCAGCUUUGAGUGAGCGCUAUGACAAAUUGAAGCAAAACUUAGAGAGUAACCUCACCAACCUUAUUAAGAGGAACACCGAACUGGAGACUCUUUUGGCUAAACUUAUCCAAACCUGUCAACAUGUGGAGGUCAAUGCAUCACGUCAAGAAGCCAAACUGAUGGAGGAGUGUGAUCUUCUCAUUGAGAUCAUUCAGCAAAGACGACAAAUUAUUGGAACCAAGAUCAAAGAAGGGAAGGUGAUGAGGCUUCGCAAACUGGCUCAACAAAUUGCAAACUGCAAACAGUGCAUUGAGCGGUCGGCAUCACUCAUCUCCCAAGCGGAACACUCUCUGAAGGAGAAUGAUCAUGCGCGUUUCCUACAGACUGCUAAGAACAUCACUGAGAGGGUCUCCAUGGCAACUGCGUCAUCCCAGGUCCUAAUUCCUGAAAUCAACCUCAAUGACACAUUUGAUACCUUUGCCUUAGAUUUUUCCCGAGAGAAGAAAUUGCUGGAAUGUCUGGAUUACCUUACAGCUCCCAACCCUCCCACAAUUAGAGAAGAGCUCUGCACAGCUUCCUACGACACCAUCACCGUUCACUGGAGCUCUGACGAUGAAUUCAGCGUGGUUUCCUACGAGCUCCAGUACACCAUAUUCACCGGACAAGCCAAUGUCGUCAGUCUGUGUAACUCAGCGGACAGCUGGAUGAUUGUGCCCAACAUCAAGCAGAACCACUACACGGUCCAUGGUCUGCAGAGCGGCACUAAGUACAUCUUCGUUGUCAAGGCCAUCAACCAGGCGGGCAGCCGCAGCAGUGAGCCUGGCAAGUUGAAGACAAACAGCCAACCAUUUAAACUGGACCCUAAAUCUGCACAUCGGAAGUUAAAGGUGUCCCACGAUAACUUGACAGUAGAACGUGAUGAGUCAUCGUCCAAAAAGAGUCACACUCCUGAACGCUUCACCAGCCAAGGGAGCUAUGGCGUAGCUGGAAAUGUGUUCAUUGAUAGUGGCCGGCAUUACUGGGAAGUGGUCAUAAGUGGAAGCACAUGGUAUGCCAUUGGCCUCGCUUACAAGUCUGCCCCGAAGCACGAGUGGAUUGGGAAGAACUCUGCUUCUUGGGCGCUGUGCCGCUGCCACAAUAACUGGGUGGUGAGACACAACAGCAAGGAGAUCCCCAUCGAGCCAGCCCCCCACCUCCGGCGCGUGGGCAUCCUGCUGGACUAUGAUAACGGCUCCAUCGCUUUCUACGAUGCUUUGAACUCCAUCCACCUCUACACCUUUGACAUCACAUUCUCGCAGCCUGUGUGCCCCACCUUCACUGUGUGGAACAAAUGUUUGACCAUUAUAACUGGCCUUCCGAUCCCAGACCAUCUGGACUGCACAGAGCAGCUGCCCUGAGCCCCCUGGCCGCAUGGAGCUGCUUUCUGGGGAAUAAAAAGGGUUGUAGCCCCCAAAAGCACAGGCUUCCAGAGUGUGAUUAAAUCUCGCCAAAAAAGUGUCCAGAAAUUGGCUAAGAUAGGACUCAACAGGCGAUUCCUCCCCUUUUACUGUGUUUUGUAUUAAGUACAGGCUUUAAUAAUUUCUUCAAAAAUUUUUUUUGUAUUUACAGGAAAAUUUAUAGAUUAUUUAUAAAAGAAACAUACCCGGGAUUACAACUCUUAGGAAUUAUUUAGGUUUGCACAUUAAGAGGCCCAUAACUUCACCAGCUCUUUUCAACCUUUAUCUCAUCACAGUCUGUGGGCUUGAGAAAACUUUUAUAGUUUUAUAUUCACCCUCUUACACUAUAAUACUUCAUACUGAUCCUGUCUUAAGUCCUGUCACCUCGACACUGCAGGCAGAAUCUACAACUAUUUUUGAACCUAGUAGGGAAGUGAAUGGGCUUUCUUUCUUACUCUGAUUUAUUUUGAAGUGUUUUAACUGUGGUGUCCAAAACUUGUAUUGGAUCUACUACAACAGAGAGCAAAAGAGAGAAUGAAAGAAUUGACUUUGGGUCAUGGAAUCUGCCAUGGCUAACCCUUUAAUUACCCUCUGAUGGCUUGUGGGGUGAUGUUGGAAAGCAAGGUUCUAAGCCCUUUUGAGCAGAAUGCCGGGCUUUUCCCAGGAUUAAGGAUUCUGGGAGAACAUUAAGAAUGGCACUGCAAUUGGAAAUAGGUACUUUGAGUCCUGCUGACUAUAAGGAAAUUCAGGCUGAGUUCUGUUUUAUGAGAGGUAGGAUUCUGUUUUGUGAUCUAAAUCUAUUUCAUUCUUCCUUUUCAUAGUUUCUUUCUGCCUGUGAAGUUUCAUGACUACAUUUAAAAGCUUUCCUGUUGCCCCCUCCCCCAAGUCACUUUUCUUUCAUAGCUGGGGCUGAGGAAAUAGUUUCUGUCCCAAACGGCAGCACCGUUUGUGUGAUUUUGUUCUCCAGGACAUCGACACAUAGCCCCGACUGCCACUACCACGUCCAAAUAUGUCACCGAAAAACAAUAUUUAUGCAUUGGUAAUGACAAGGGACGUUGCAUAAGGAAUUAUUCACUUGUGUAUGUGCCUCAAAAGUUAUUCUAAAGAGCACAUCUUGAAAAAUGUAGAAGUCCCUCUGUAUUCUAGUAUAGUUUAACAUAGUUAUAAGACAAAAACAAAAAACAAAAAAAAACACAAAAAAACACGAAAAACA